GCGGCGCGAAGCCGGGCCCUCUGCCGCCCCGCGCUCCCAUGUACGCCUUCUACUCGCUGCUUAUCUACAUCUUCUACAGCCUCUUCCGCAGGGAUGGCGGCGCCGCGGCGACCGCCGACCCUAGGGACCCCACCCAGAGUGCCCGCUGCAAGCCCGAGGGUAGCCGCCGCCCCGACCAGCCCCCUGCAGAACUCUGGACCGAGCUGACCGGCCUGGUCGGCAGCUCGCAGGCAGAAGAUGGGCCGGGAGGGGGAGCCGAGGGCCGCCCAGCCGAGGUGUCCCUGGAGGAGGCUCUCGUGCGUCUUGCCGAGUUCCUCUCAGUCCAGCUGGGGGCGGAAGAGAGCCGCGGCUAUUCUCCCGAUGUGAGCAAGCCUGGCGAUGUACCGCCACUGUUGACUGUGACUGGUCAGCUCUUGGCCCUCCUGGCAUGGAUCCGGAGCCCCAGGGGGAGGCAGGCCCUGUCCCAGGGAGCUCAGCCAGCCUCGGGGGUGCAGCCCCCGACUCCAGCUGGGCCCACAUCCCCAGAAGAAAGCCCUUCCCUUUCACUGAGGGGUGAGGCCCAGGGGCAGCAGGCCCCACAGUUGGAGGAGGAUCAGAGGGCUUGGCAGCGGCUGGAACAGCUCAUCCUCGGACAGCUGGAGGAGCUGAAGCAGCAGCUGGACCUGCAGGAUGGGCUGGGCCAACUGCACCUGGGAACGGGGGCGACAGAUUCUGAGAAGAGGGUUCAGCAUCUAACCCUGGAGAAUGAGGCCCUGAAACAGAGCCUGAUCCUCACUCGCCACCUCCUGAGACACUGGGGUCCUGGCUCCCAUCCCAGGGCUCCCCAGGAGGAGGCAGAGGCCCUGGUGGAGCUCCAGGGCCAGCUUCAGGAGGCCCAGGACGCCACGGAAGCUCUCCGAGUCCAGCUGGGGGUCCAGGAGGUGCAGCUACAGGGCCUUCAGGGGGCCCUCCGGCAGCUCCAGCAGGAGGCGGAGCGGAGCUGCAGAAGGGAGCUGCAGCAGGUGCACGGGCAGCUGGCAGGACUUCGGGCACGCACGGCCAGCCUCCGUCAGGGCUGUGGGGACCUCCGAGGCCUGGUCAGCACCUUCACCCAGAGCUGCCAGGGUUCACUGAGCGAGGCCCGGGGCCAGGUAUCCUGGGCCCUGGGGGCACUGUCAGCCAGUGGCGCUGGGACUCGGCCCCCUGAGGAGCAGCCGGGGCCCCCAACUGGAUGCCCAGGGCGGCUACUGGAGCUCAAGGGAAAUAUCCGUGUGCUGUGUCGUCUGAGACCAGGGACGCCCUCCAGCCCGGUGAGCUCAGAGCCCGGCCCGGGCGGCACGGUCACCACCUGCUAUCGAGGGCACCAGCGUCGAUUCCGCCUGGACUGGGUCUUCCCUCCCGACGCGAGCCAGGAGGAGGUCUUCAGGGAGCUGGAGCCCACUGUGCUGUCCUGCCUCCGCGGCUACAGUGUCUGCAUUUUUACCUACGGUCAGACAGGGACCGGGAAGACCUACAGCAUGGAGGGCCCCCCUGAGGACCCCGGCAUAGCGCCCAGGGCGCUGCAGUCGCUGUUCCGGGAGAUGAGGACCGGAGCGCAGCACUGCGUGACCCUCAGCAUGGUGGAGAUCUACAACGAGGCCGUCAGGGACCUUCUAGCCCCAGGGCCUCCCGAGCGCUUGGUCGUGAGGCAGGGCCCAGCAGGCCAGGGGGGACUCCAAGUGGCUGGCCUCACGUACUGGGACGUGCCCAACCUAGAGACGCUGAACCAGAUGCUGAGCCUGGGGAGGAGCAACCGGGCCACGGCCGCCACCGCCAUGAACCAGCACAGCUCCCGCUCGCACGCCCUGGUGACGCUGACGCUGCGAGCAACGCCCCCAACGCGCGGUUCAGGCGCCGCAGGUACCCCGCCGGCCGGCGCCCUGCCCUGCGAGGGGCCUCACCGCACGGGAAACUGGAGCUCCCUCCACGUAGGCUCGCUCGCCCCUGCAGGCACGCUGCACCUGGUGGACCUGGCGGGAUCCGAGCGGGCCUGGAAGGCGGGGGCCGCCUGCAGGGCGCGGGGAGACCCUGCGGACGCCCAGCGCCUGCGCGAGGCCCGGACCAUCAACCGCUCGCUGCUGGCGCUGGGAGGCGUGAUGGCCGCGCUGCGGGCCCGCCGGCCGCACGUGCCCUUCCGCGAUUCGCAGCUCACGCGCCUGCUCCAGCCGGCGCUCGGCUCCGGCGCCACCGUGGUCCUGCUGCUGCAGAUCUCCACGCGGCCCGAGGACCUCGGCGAGACCGUGUGCUCGCUCAAGUUCGCUGAGCGAGUGGGCCAAGUGGAGCUGGGCCCGGCUCGGCGCCGCCGGGCUCCGCGCUCGGGGACGCCCUCCUCCCUCAGUACCGACACGCCGCUCACUGGGACUCCCUGCACCCCGACGCCGUCCCCGGGCAGCCCUCCGAGCCCCAGCCCCGACCGCGGCUCCUAGUCUGGCCCAAGCCGUCUGGGGGUGCGCCUCUGCCGGCAGAGGCGGCAAAGCCCCUGCCCCCCACUCCCUUGACCUCUGGGGGCUCAUGGGCCCCCAAACUCCCAGAGCUGCCCCCUCAGCCCCUCCUGGCGAGUGUUGCGCGUGGGGGCCCGAGGGGGGAGAGGUGCCCGCCCCCCUGCCCCCACCCCCGGCUGGCAGCUCUCUCCUUAUCACCAUUUGCUGCUAUCGCCGCACACAGCAGGGGACCCCAGAGCGGCGCGG